UAGUUGGAGUAAACAACAAAGAUAGUGAGUUUAAAUUUUUGAAAGAGAAAAGAGAGAUGGAGAAAUAUGAUGUAGUGAAGCAUCUUGGAGCUGGAAAUUUCGGAGUUGCAAGGCUUCUCAGGCAUAAAGAAACCAAGGAGCUCGUUGCCAUGAAAUAUAUUGAGCGUGGGCAUAAGAUUGAUGAAAAUGUUGCCAGAGAAAUUAUCAACCACCGAUCACUUCGCCAUCCUAAUAUUAUUCGUUUCAAAGAGGUGGUUUUGACGCCGACACAUUUGGCAAUCGUGAUGGAAUAUGCAGCUGGUGGAGAGCUAUUUGAUCGGAUUUGCAGUGCUGGUCGAUUUAGUGAAGAUGAGGCGAGGUACUUCUUCCAGCAGUUGAUUUCUGGAGUCUCCUUUUGCCACUCCAUGCAAAUAUGUCACCGAGAUCUGAAAUUGGAAAAUACGCUGUUAGACGGAAGCCCAGCACCCCGCCUCAAAAUUUGUGACUUUGGCUACUCCAAGUCAUCCGUGUUACACUCGAGGCCCAAAUCUACGGUAGGAACGCCGGCGUAUAUAGCACCUGAAGUCCUCUCUCGCCGAGAAUACGACGGCAAGAUGGCAGAUGUGUGGUCUUGUGGAGUUACUCUAUACGUGAUGCUUGUGGGAGCUUACCCGUUCGAAGAUCCCGACGACCCCAAGAAUUUCAGAAAAACUAUUACAAGAAUAAUGGCUACACAAUACACAAUUCCGGACUAUGUCCAUAUCUCCCAAGACUGCAGGCACCUGCUCUCCCGUAUUUUCGUUGCAAAUUCCACUCGGAGAAUCAACAUAAAGGAGAUCAGGAACCAUCCAUGGUUCUUGAAGAACUUACCGCGUGAACUUACAGAGGCAAAUCAAGCAGUGUAUUACCGGAGAGACAAUCCCAGCUUGUCUUCACUUCAGAGCGUCGAGGAGAUCAUGAAGAUUGUCAGUGAAGCCCGGAAACCUCCUGCGUCAUCCAGGCCCCUCGGCUUCAGAUGGGGAGGAGAGGAGGAUGCAGAGAAAGAAGACGAGGUUGAAGAGGAGGAUGAGGACGUUGAGGAGGAAGAGGAAGAAGAUUAUUAUGAAGCGCAAGUUAAGCAAGUUCAUGCUAGUGGGGAGUUUCAUCUCAAAUGAUGGAUUCUUAUGCCAAAGCAACAUAUUAUGUUUUACAUCUUUAAUUCUGAAUUCUAUAGCAUGAAGUUUCUAACUCAUCCAAUAACAAACUACUCCAUCAAUAAACAGACUGAAUCAACUAUUACUA